UACCGACGGAAUUAUCGGACUCCGAAAUUACGGACUUGCUUGUUAUUCCGGACAUCGACGGGGAACCGUUACUUCCCCGAUUGAAGUAGUACAUAUUAACAACUAGUUUUGCGGACAGUUUGCGGCCCGAAAGUUCAAUUUUCCGGACUAAAAUGCGAGCGGCGGCCGCCAAAAAGGCUGCCAUUUUGAAUUUUUCGCUGGCUUGACCGUGGGCUUGGCUUGAUUUUGUAAGUGGAUUUGAAUAGGCCGAAUCAGCCGCUAGGUGUCCUAGAGUACGUUUUUGUUUUGUUUUUUUGUUUUGCUUCGCAUCAUCAUCAUCGUUUUCGUUUCUUUGUUCGGUCGAUUUUCCAUCUCCAAUCAAAGCCAGUCGCCAUUUGUAAAGUGUGGAGCACGCCCUCGCUGCGUCAGUACUAUCGUCCUUUCACGCUCCGUCAACACAUGCUUUCGACCUCAUGGCCCCACCUCUUGCACCUCCGCCAGUUGCUCCGAAGAAGCGACGCUCUACAAUGACGCUGGAGAAGAAAGCGGCGAUUCUGAAGCUCCUGGAUAAUGGACGGAAGCAAGCCGACGUCGCGAAAGAGUUUCAGCUGCCCAAGCAGACGUUAUCCGACUACGUGAAAAACAAGGAAAAGAUUUUAUCUGCACUUGAACGCUCGCACAACAAGCACCAAAAGAACGACCGAAAAGGGGAACAUCCGGUUCUGGAGGAGGCCCUGCAACUUUGGCUUAAAGGAGUUCUUUCCAAGAACCUUCCAGUGUCUGGUGACGCACUCAAACAAAAAGCAGAGACUCUUGCUCUGAAAAUGGACAUAGAGAACUUCAAGUUCACCGACGGAUGGUUGCGUGGCUUUAAGAAGCGACACGGAAUUUUGUUUAAGAAAGUGUGCGGAGAGAGUGGAGCCGUCGACCAGACCACUGUCGCGGACUAUCGCUUAAACAAGCUCAAGGCGUUACUGCAAAAGUUUGCGCCCGAAGAUGUGUUCAACUGUGACGAAACCGGCCUUUUUUUUAAAAUGCUACCGGACCGGUCUCUGUGCUUUGACGGUGACUCUUGCAAAGGAGGAAAAAACAGUAAGGAUAGAAUCACCGUCAUGGUGGGGGCGAACGCGGUGGGCACCGAGAAGUUGCCGCUCCUCAUCAUCGGGAAGGCGAAAAACCCCAGGUGUUUCAAAGGCAUGAAAAAACCUUCUGUCGGUGACAAGGAAGUCCAACUCGUCGUUGUCGGCUCGACAAGCGAUUCGAGGAGUUUCAAACAUACAGGUCAGGUUGCCGUGUGGUAUUCCAGCAAUACCAAGGCGUGGAUUACGCACCUGUUGUUCGAGGACUACUUGCGCCGUCUGGACAGGGUGUUCGAGCAUCAGAAACGACGUGUGGUGAUCUUUGUGGAUAACUGUGGAGCCCACGACGCUGUGGACAACCUCAAAGCCAUCCGACUUGAAUUUUUGCCCCCUAACACUACGAGUGUUCUCCAGCCAAUGGACCAGGGCAUCAUUCAGAAUGUCAAGGUCCACUACCGCGCUCGACUGCUGCGCCGCACGGUCCUCUGCUUAGACAACGGGAAGCGUUAUGCUGUGGACCUCCAUGCGGCAGUCAAGAUGUUGACGGAUGCGUGGAUCGCCGUUCGGCCAUCGACAAUUGCCAACUGCUUCAACCACGCAGGUUUCUGUGCCAGUGUAGAGUCACUAGCUGACAACGCAAGUCUGGACCAUCAAGAGGCCGAGGACAUCGCCGCAGCAGCGGAUGUCGACGAGUCUCUGUUCGCCGACCUGCGCGACAGUGGAAUGGACAUUCCUGAUGCUGCUACAUUCAGUGCGUUCGCGGAUCUUGACAGCAACCUCGAACUGUGCGCGGAGCUUACGGACGAGGAAAUCGUGCGCCAAGUCCUCGGACAACCUGAAGAAGACUCGGAUUCUGACGACGACGAUCACCACGCGCAGCCGUCGACAGCGGACAUAACGAGCGCGUUAACCUUGCUGUCCAAUGUGUACAGCGAGAAUAUGACGCUGGCGCAGAUGCAAGCGGACGUGAUCUCCCGCAGGCGGAAGAUGAAACAAGGUACCCUUGAUGACUCUUUCAAGUCCGCCUAGGCUCAAUAAAGCCAAAUUUUGUGAUCCGAGGAUUUUUCGGACUGCUUUAUUUAUCGGACGUUUUUUCGGUUCUCACGAAGUCCGCAAAAUCGGUCGGCGA